GUGAGAGGCUGCAAUAUAGAGUGGGAAGUAGAAAACGUGGAAGGUGAGACAAAGGAAGGAAGUGAUGGUAAGAAAAACAUUGGAGGGCGGAGGGACAACAAGUCUGACAGAGAGAGAUCAUUUCAAAAGCUAGCUCUUUCCCGUAUGUGUGAGAGAUUUACCUGUUUUCUGAAGGGAGAUUGUGUAUUCAACCAGGAAUCAAAUGGGACUCUAUUGUACAUCUUGACUGGACCAAAACUGGCUGACAGUGGCUUUUACUUUGUUCUUUGCUACUCAGAAACUGUUUUCAGGAAUAUAAAAUACAGGGUUGUAAUUCACUGCAAACAACAAAACCACAAAAAGAAUUGACUUGAUUAGCCCAUCUAUAUCAGUGCUUGCUUGAGGCAUGAAGACUGUAGGAAGACUGCACUAUUGGACAACUUUGGUGUACCCAGGCAAUCUCAACUUGGGAUAAUGGAGACUGCUAACCAGACCGUGACUGAAUAUCCAUGGACAGGACAAACUUUGGCACCUCUCUGCACAGCCCGCUGCUGUGGACUGCUAAACCGAACGUUGGCAGUCAUGUUCAUGGUCAGUCUGGCCUUCGCCAUUGUGGUGGGGAACGUGGUGACACUUACUGUUUUCAUGCAGAUCCGGCAUUCUCGGACACCACAGGGCUACCUCAAAGUGUCCCUGGCCAUCGCCGACAUGAUGGUUGGAGUCUGGGUGGUACCAUUUUCUGUAUACACCGAAAUCUCUCUCAUGGUGACCAGCACUCCACCGACGUGGUACCAGGGCAUCUCAACAGCCUCACUGGAGGGUGGAUCAGGACCUUGGCAACCCUGCAUGCUGAUUGGUCCAGUUUUUGCUGGAUGCACCUUUGUCUCAAUUAGUACCAUCUUUCUGAUGACAGUGGAGCGAUGUGUGGCAAUCCUGCGUCCGCUGCAUAAAGACGCUCUUGUGACACGGCAUCGUACCCUGUUCCUAAUUCUCUUGUCCUGGGCAGGCAGCUUCUUACUGGCCAUGGCCCCGCUUAUGCUGAGCAACAGCUUCACGCUGGAGUACAACGAAUGCAGCCGAAUGUGCAACUAUGCACCCUUACUAAUCGGGAAUCAAUUGCCUCCAGAUGCAAACAUCCUUCUGCUGUUUCCAGCCUUUGACUUCAGUUUACUAGGUGGCACAUUAGCCGUCAAUAUCCUGUCCUUUACCAGUAUCCGCCGUUACUCCCGCAAACGGAAGCUGCUCUCUGAGGGAAGUCUUGGCACGGAUGCAGGAGCUGGUGGUUGUCCCCAUAGACCCUCUUUUUCUGACAUCAAAGCAGCUAAAACCAUUGGAAUCCUCACCUUUGCCUUCACAGCCUCAUUCUCUCCUAUCGCCGUAUUUGUGCUGGGCAAUGUAGUGGGAUACACCUGGUGCAACUUCUCCUUUUUUGCAUUUUGGAUUCUGACGGGCAACAGUUGCUGCAAUGUGAUAAUUUACAGUGUGCGGGACCACCGUUUUAGGAAAGGGCUGACCUUGCUCUUUCAGCGGGAUAGAUCGCAGCCUCACUCAGAGAAAAGCUGAGGUUUUCGGAUCUCUAGUUGGGCACUGGCUGGCACUGACUUCACUUACUGUACCUCAUGUCACUUUCUACGGAGCACGGCACAUGAUAAGCGGACAAAAAUAUGUAUCGUGACUAAGAAUUUGUUACCUCGUUUCAACUUUCAAUUGAACUAAUGCCAGGUUCAGACUACACAAUAUUUUUGUCUCUUAUGAUCAGAUUAUGUGAUUUAGACUCCUAAAUUCUUGUUGCGUCGUGGACAAGAAACAUUUUAGACUACACAUUGCUUCCUGGCCAAUCAUUGCUUGCCGUCUUUAACGACGUGAAUGAUGUCAUUGAGAAGGCGGAACUAGCGACUGAUUUUCGGGAACGAGAGCGUAAACAAACAAUGGCUACCUAAGCGGCAUGUUAGCUUAAUGCUUAUUCCAAGGUUGCUGAAGCACCUCUGCUAUCGUUUCAUUUCUCUUUUUUCAAUCUGUCAUGGUCAUCCUUCGAGGAAACAUCGUAAAGGCAGGAGUAUUGUUGCCAUAUCUUCCACAAACCUUUCCUCCAUUGCAUAAUUCCUCCUAGCAGCACCAAUACCAUAGUCUCUCUCUCGUUUUGCCAUGUUUGAAACCUGUGUACGGAAGAGCUUCUGUGCUCCUAUUGGUCAACGGCACAGAUCAAGUCAAGUCAAAAUUUAUGCUCACUGAUACCAAUGCUCGUCAGACGUGAUGGAACCCAUCGUGGAGGACCAAAAAAACAUUCUAGUCUUUCUGUCGGGAUGUUGUGAAGCGUUGCAGACACGGUGUUGGUUAUCAUCCACUAUGACACAUUUGCGAGAUUAAAAAAAAUCUAUUCUUGUGUCCCAAUGGCCAUUGUCAUUUACAAAUCACCACGACACACUAUUUCAAAAAAAUCGGGCUGAUAUUGUGUAGCCUGAACCAGGCAUAAAACAAACUAAUUAUUACAAUAUCGCCACGAUUUAGCAAAACUAUUGAACAAAUUUUUUAUAUUGUGCACAUGAUUUACACAUGAGUAAAACAUGCUGAUGUAUUAGUAAGUCUUGGGAACAAAUUGUUAAUUCAUGACCACGAUAUACAUUUUUUUCCCCGCAUGUCAUGUGCAGUGCUGAAUAACUUUAGCCUCGAGAGAUUAAGUUUGUUUUUCAGGAUCUCUUUCACAAAUGGUUCAGGGACAACAAUGAGCAUCGUUUUAAGGACUGUGGCAGUUGUCAUUAUAUAUUUUACAUAGGAUUAUAGUCUUUAUUAGCAAGUCCUUGCAGUUAUUUAUUUUUUUUAUUCAGUGCAGAAUAUCAUAUUAAUAUCAGAUACCAUGACAUCUUAUUGUGUGCCGUUGUACAUAAGACAACAGAUGCCUUAAUGAUUAUUGUUUUGUGUAUCCAACAUAAACCUGUAAAAUAUGUUUGUGAGACAUUUUUGAAUGUGAUUUACUUAAACACCUCACACAUUUUUUCUAAGGUGAAAAGUUCUAGAUGCUCUGUAAAAAGUUAUUUCUUCCAAAUCUGACUCUGAACAUUUUUUUAUUGGUGUAAUUAGGUGAGUCAAAUUCAUCAUAUUCAAUAUUCAAUCAUGUAAUUUACUUGAAUAAUACAGCUGAGGUACUUUUUUUUUCUUAAAAACACUAAAUACAGAAUUAUAGAUUCUUCUUUCCACUUUUAGAUUUUCAUUUCUAAAAAAUUAUAAAGUAAAAAAUAAAUAAAUAGGUAUAUACUUUUUGUAAUAACUGGUGGGCACUCUUAAAACUGUGAAGUACAUAAUCAGUGCAAUCAAUAAACAAAUUGA